AUGCAGAUGCAAAGCAUCCUUGAAUCCAGUAGCGAGGGCUUCCAAAUCGCAAACAACGUCUCCACCACCAACGUUGUGAACCAAUUCUCAGCAAGCCCAUCGCAGACGAUCUUGUAUCUCGCAGAUGCAGCAGCAGUAUCAUCAGGCCUCGAUUACAAAGCCAACACUUUCGCAGCGUCCGCUCAGUGCCAGUCGAUAACAUACGAGUGCGUACAAAACACCAACAUUGAAGCUGGGAACUCGGAUUACAACUGCACGAGCGCACUUGUGGGUGAUUUCAACGAACCUGACAACAACCCAGACGAUGCACAAAUAUUUUAUAACCCGUCGGGCGCAAGAUUAUUCACCGACGCAAGCUUGACCAAGACCACCCGCUUCAGUUUCCAGAAUACAGUAUAUUUUGCGGCUUGGGCUACAAGAGUACAAAUUGAUUCCAGUGCUUUGAUGGCCGACAAAGGGAUUACUGCUAGCUCUAAUAUUCCUAACGUAUACAAUUGGAUCCUUAACUGCUCCGCGACAUUUUACGAGGCUACGUAUACUUGGGUCAACGGCUCUGUAACCAGCCUCAACACUACGCUUGUGAAUAAUACCAUGGGCGGUAUUCUCUCCGCUCCUUUGUCCGAUCAGCAUGCAAACGAUCUGAUGCAAGUUGCCACAAACUUGGCAAGUGUCAGCAACAGCUCUGCCGAGAUUUCAACGAUAACCGCAAACUAUGUCGCCCAUAUUGCAUUGUCGCUAUCGAUCGGCGCCAUAAGUAGCCGGGCAAAUCUCCUUGAGCAAUCUCGCUCAACCUUGUUGCUCACACGGGUACCGACUAUUCCCUUUUAUCUUUUGAUCAUUUUUAAACUCGUCUACGUCUUGGGCGUUGUGCUAUUUGCGAUCGCUGCCAUCAUUUUGACGCAUCCCAGCGAGUCAGCGGGCAUUAAAGCGAGACUCACAAUUGAUGGACUCAUGACGACGAUAUACAGAAAAGAUAAGAUUGAAAGCUCGCCUACAACGAGUUCAGACGACCAAGCGGAUUUGCAAGAGCCAGGACAGAUGGAAGAGGCAGAGGACGGUUCAGGGGUGGCUGGACAAAGAGAUGUAAAGGUGUCCAUAAUAAGGGAUAAUGACGAUUGGUCCUAUGCUGCAGUGAUACGAGAUAAGAACGAAAAGGUAGUAAAGAUUUUGUAA